AUGGCUGCCUUCUUCCCUGCUGAGGACGAGCUCGUCAAGAGGCAUGUCGCGCAAUUUGGCUGCCCCUCGGGCACAUAUUACAGGAAUGGCCGCUGCUACACGCGCAAUCGCAGCAGUUGGUACUACUGGGGUCGCUGGGUUCUCGCCGGCGUUCUCGUCCUAGUCUUCCUCCUCAUCCUCUGCGCUCUCGGUUGCUUCAGCUCCCGCAAGCGCAGAAGAAAGGGCAACACCCCCAUGUACGGCACCGGCUGGAUGACCAACAACCGCUGGGGCGCCAACCAGCACCAGAACAACCAGCACGCCUACAACCAGCAGCAGCAGUACGGCUACGGUCAGCAGGGCUACAACGCGCCGCCGGCGUACGGCCAGCAGCCCCAGCACACGGGCACCACCUUUAACCCGAACGACGGCUACUACGGCAAUCACGACAACAUUCAGCUGCAGCAGCCCCAGCAGACGUAUAACCGUGGCGUCGACGAUUUUGCGCCGCCUUCUGGGCCGCCUCCCAAGGCGUGAAGCGGGUCUGAAUCUUUGUCUUGCGCGAGGCUAGGCUGGGCUGGCGCGUCGCUGAGGGAGACGUCAGCCAGUCGAGGUGCGAAACUGCGUUACUGGCUGGAAAGGGGAAGCAAAUGAUACCUGAUUUGAUGCGGGAUUGUCGCCCCCAGAUGUCGCGCGAUCGGUUUUUUUUUCUUUGGCAGGACGAUGGCUCUACCAUGGCGAUAGCGAUAUUUGGGCUCGCGGCUGUCGCCGGGUAGUGCACCGCAUGCUUGAUGAUAGAUGUUCUUCCC